AUGUCGACAUUCCAAUUCGCCAACUCGGACGCCAAAGUACCGGGCAAUGCGCCAGCCUCUACAGACAUCUGGGCCAAGCCCCCCUCCACCACACGCUUCUCCGCCCCAAUUCUAUACCAAUCGGUGCCACUGAAGUCAUUCAAGCGAGUCCGAGUCGCCUUCAAUGCCCUCUGGCAGCAGAAAUACGAUCAGGGUGGAAUCAUUCUUGUUCUCAACGCCGCCGAUGGCAGUAAGAAAUGGGUAAAGAGUGGCAUUGAGCUCACUCAUGGCAAGCCCCAUCUUAGCGUUGUCGCCAAGGACAACUGGGCAGAUUGGAGCUUGCUACCCGUGCCGUCAGGUGGUGGUGCAGCAACUCUUGAACUGGUCAAAGAGCAGGAUAACAGUCUGUGGAUCUAUCUUGUGGAGGGUUUGCAGAAGUCGCCUGUGCGGGAGGUCACUUGGGUGUUUGAGGAGGAGAAUGUGAAGGACUUUUGGGUCGGUGUCUAUGCUGCUCGGCCGUCCAGUGAGGGUGGGGAGUUAGAUGUCAACUUUGGUCAUUUGAUUAUAGACCAGGAUUAA